AUGAACAAGAGUGAGAAUUUUCGAGUUGUUGAUCAUGGACAAGGAAAUAAAGAGAUUGAUAUACCGAUUGUCUCAGAAAUUCCAGACACUAAGUCAACAUCAUCAAUCCCAUCAAGUGUUUAUGGUGGUGGUGCAUCUGUAAAGGCUGGAUCUUUCCCCUUAUUUUCUGUUUUGAAUAUUAGUUCUGGGUCAACAUCUCGUGGUGCUCCUGGUAUUGCAUCAGGUCGUGGACGUGGUCGUGGUGGCAAAGGACGGCAGUUUUCAGCUCCACCUAAAUCACAACCUAGUAUCAAAUCAAUGUUUCCUCCUACUCAGAAGAAAACCACAAUAAAUAUUUCAACAGACGAUGAUUCUAAUGAUGCCGCAAGUAUAACUACUUCUCAAAAAGAGCCUAGGGUAAAUUCUCGACGUACUGUAACAAAUCGUGCCCGAUACGUAUUUGAUGAUGAAGAUGACGAUCUAGAUAUUGAUUCAGAUGACAGUGGUGCCAAAAAACAAUCCAAAGGUGGUUCACGUAAACGUCAGAAAAACGAUGAUGAUAGCGAUUUUGAACCCGAAAAGGUUAAGAAGGGCAAGUCAAAGAAGGGAGCUCUAGAUGACUCAGAUUUCGAAUUCUCCGACUAG